GUCUAGUGAACUUCUAUGAUAGGUCAUUGCAACAACAACAGCCUACUAGCUUGUACUGGUACAUCAUGCAUCCUAGAAAGACUUCGCAAAACUAAAUGGCCAUCUUCUUGGACCAUUUCAAAGCGCACAAUUCCAAUCUCCCACAACAACAAUAAUAGCAACAACAUCAAAUAAACUCAUAAAUUAUUGAAAGCCACCAACAUGACAGUUGCCACUCUCACUCCAUUCGUCUACCAUGAAGUCCCUGCUUGUGAUGGCUUCAAACAACCGCCCUCGGACGACGAUGCAAUGCACGACAACGAACCACAAGAAAUCAGCCCACCCAUUAGUCAACGAUGCAAGCCAACCACUGAUGCCCCACAGCAGCCUGCCACAGUACCACACAUUUUGGCACAACCAAGGAGAUCUUUUCUGGUCCACCACUACCACAAAGAGAUGAAUGCAAGUACAAGAAGAGUUCGUCGAUCAAGCAAGUCUUCAAUAAUUGUACGCAAAGAGGAGCAGCAGUGCAGCCGACGAAGACUGUAUACCGAGGACUCCCAGCAAGAUUUUACUGGCGUGGAAGACAGCUUUCACGAUAGCCUUUCAAGCCUCGGGAACUUUGAGAUUGCCUUUGCCGAUGCAUUGUUUGAUUAUGAUGCAAGCAAGGAACACCAAGCCUAAGUUAGCUAGAGACAGGGCACACGCUACUGUUUUCUAUGCAGAUAAUAAAGAAUACUAGACUUGCUACA